AUGAAAAUGGAGCCGCAAGCCCCAGCGCGGCGUCUACAAGGGGAAGGGCUGGAGAGUGCCGGGAAGGAUCCCCGUGUCCUCCAGGGUGGAGGUCUCGGAGAAGGCCUGCGCAAGAGCCCCGGAGCGCAGCCGGUGAAACAGGAGCCGUGUGAAGGGCUACUUCAGCACUGGGAGGCCCAGUGGCAGGAGUUCCUGAAGACGGUGGAGUCCCCUCAGCCACACUGGCCCAUCCCACGGGCGCCAGAGGAGCCCACCACGCCGUGGGGCAACCCAAAGGCCUUUCUGGCCACCUUUGAGCUAGUGGCCGAAGCCUGCCGGUGGCCUAGAGAAGAAUGGGCGACCCGGCUCCUGCCGGCUCUCUGCGGGGAAGCUGAGCAGGCCUUUCGCCGGCUGAAGGUCAGAGACAGAGAGGAUUACGGGACGGUGAAGGCAGCCAUCUUGAAAGGCGAUGCCCUGAAGAGGGAGAAGCAGCGCCAACACUUCCGGCGUUUUCGCUACCAGGAGGCCGAGGGGCCAAGAGGGACAUGGCUCCAGCUCCGGGAGCUUUGCCACGGCUGGCUGAAAGUCGAGAGGCACACCAAGGAGGAAAUCCUGGAGAUGUUGAUCCUGGAGCAGUUCCUGAGCAUCCUCCCAGCAGAGAUCCAGAGCCGGGUGCGGGAACACAGCCCGGAGACCUGCUCCCAGGCAGUGGUCUUGGCUGAGGAUUUCCUGCAGAGAGAUGCAGAGAGAAUGGAAAAACAGGUACUGACUCUACUUGCAGAAGCAGCUGUGAGUUUUUCUGAGGUGGGCCAGGCUCCGGGUCAUUCUGGCCAGAAGCAACUGUGCUUGGAAACCAAGAAGGAAGAUGACGAGGAGGCCAGCUUGCUUGCUGUGAAAGGCUACCUAAACAUAAGCGCUGAGCAAAAAUAUACCUCGGAUGGCUCAGAGCCAGGGAGACCCUAUGGGACAUCUAUAGGAAGAGCAGAGGAGAAUAUCUCUCCCUAUAGCAAGCAGGAAAGCUUCCCUCAGAAGUGCCACAGACGGGAGUUCCAGGAAAGCCAUUCAGAGAAGAGAGUAUGUCAAUUGGAUCCUUGUAUGGAAAGUCACAGGAUGGCUGGUGAAUCCAUAGUUCAGCAAAAAAUUCACAAUGAGUACAGGCAGAUGAGAACCUUUGAAGAGAAUGACGCUCAACGAGAAAGCCUGGAGCAAAUAAGCUGGUAUGAGAUGUAUCCGGAGAGCUCGAGAGACUUUUCCCUCCUCCAUCGGGAAAGAGCCCAGAAGACGCCGUACCAGUGCACGGAGUGCGGGAAAAGCCUCAGCCGUAAAGACAACCUGACGAGACACCAGCAGAUGCACGCUGGGAAAAAGAAGCCCCACCAAUGCUCUUCCUGCCUGAAAACCUUUCGGGACAAGUCCCACCUUAUCCGGCAUGAGAGAAUCCACACGGGGGAGAAACCCUUUAGUUGUUCCGUCUGCGGGAAAAGCUUCAGCUGCAACUCGUACCUCAUUGUUCAUGAAAGGAUCCACACGGGGGAGAAGCCGUACAAGUGUGCUGUGUGCGGGAAGAGCUUCAGCUGCAAUUCCUACCUCCUCCGGCAUAAGAGAAUGCACACAGGGGACAGGCCGUACAAAUGCCCUGUCUGCGGGAAGAGGUUCACUUGCAAUUCCAAUUUGAUUUUGCACAAAAGGACCCACACUGGAGAGAGGCCGUACAAGUGUUCCGCUUGUGCCAAGACCUUCCGCCAGAGGUCCCACCUGAUUUUCCAUGAGAGGAUCCACACCAAAGAGAAGCCGUUCAAGUGCUUGGCAUGCGGGAAGAGCUUUGGCCGCAACGCCCAGCUGAUUCAGCACAAGAGGAGCCACACGGGCGAGAAGCACUAUCAGUGCCCCAUCUGCGGGAAGAAGUUCAGUUGCAUGUCGUACUUGAUUCAGCAUGAACGGAUCCACGGGCGGGACAAGCCGUACAAAUGCCCAGACUGCGGGAAGACCUUCCGGCGGAACUCGGAGCUGUCUUCGCACCAAAGGACCCACACCGGGGAGAAACCGUAUCAGUGCUUCGAAUGCGGGAAGACCUUCAGCUGGAGCGCAGGCCUGACCUCCCACCAGAGAACCCACACUGGGGAAAAACAGUACCGUUGCUCGACGUGCGGGAAGAGCUUCAGUCGGAAACGGCUCCUGAUCAUGCACAGUCGCUUGCACCUGGGGGAGAAACUGUUUCAGUGCGCGACAUGCGGGGAAAGCUUCAGUCUGAAUUCGCAUCUUGUUAGACAUGAAAAAACCCACAUAGUGGAAACCGCAUGA